AUGGCAGAAAUCAAGGACCGCAAGGAAUCCAAGAAGGAAAAAAGAGAAAGAAAGAAGGAGAAAAAGGAGAAGAAGGAAAAGAAGGACGAGCAAGUGAAGGAGGAAAAGGAGGAAAAAGAGCAGAAGGAGGACGAAGUCAGUGAGGCUGAAGACUUAGACCACAACGAACUAAACGAGUUCUCUGACAACGAAGACGCUAGCGAAGACUCAGAAAACACAAACAAGGAUGAAAUCGAAAUCGACUUGAAAGCUCUGGUGCCGUUGUCCAAAAAACAACAACGUCUCUUGAAGAAAGGAAAGUUGAACAUGGAGAAGCUCGCCAAAAAACACCCCACACCAAAGGCUGCCGACGAAGAGUCCGAGGAAAAGCCUGCCAAGUCACCAUUUGGUGUCUGGAUCGGAAACUUAUCUUACGACACAUCCAAGGAGGAUAUCACACGUUUCAUUGUGGCCAAGACUUCCGGCUACGACGAUGACAGCGAGAAUGACCUUGUCUCCAUCAAGGAAGCCGACAUUACCAGAGUUAACCUCCCCAAGAAGGCCAACAAGAGUAAAGGUUUUGCAUAUGUGGAUCUCCCCAGCGCCAAGCAUGUCGAUAGCGUGGUUGCACUCAGUGAGUCCAACUUGAAUGGUAGAAACCUCUUAAUCAAGAACUCCAGCUCGUUUGAAGGUAGACCUGAGGGAGAUGCAGCCAAGGCAUUGCUGAAGAAUCCACCACUGAGAAUCUUGUUCGUGGGAAACUUGUCCUUUGAUACCUCUGAGGAAAACCUCGAGGAGCACUUCAGACACUGUGGAGAGAUUGUGAGAAUCCGGAUGGCUACAUUCCAAGAUAGUGGAAAGUGUAAGGGGUUUGCAUUUAUUGAUUUCAAGGAUGAGAGCGGUCCAACUACGGCGCUUAAAUCGAAGCUUGCCAAGAAGCUCAUCAACAGACCGUUGAGACUCGAAUAUGGUGAGGACAGAUCUAAGAGAAAUCCACGUAAGGCUGAAGCUGAGACUGAGACGGGUGAGAUUUCAGAAAGGACAGAAAGACCCAGACAAGAACGCACGGAGCCUACCGAAACUCCCCACAGAGAACGGACCAAACCCUCUCCCAGACCAAUGAAGAGACCUAUGCGUGACAACGACCAGCUGUCGAAGAGAAUGAAGUCAUCGGUUGCAUUGGCUACGGCACAGAGAGCAUCAGCCGCUAUUGUGCCAUCGCAGGGAAAGAAGAUUACGUUUGAUUAG